AUGCCAACUACGAAUGCUAUAGCAUUUUCUUGCAAGGUGCAAGGCCAUGUUUACCGUUGCGCCCUUUCCAUUGGGUCUUUCCGCGGAAACCCCUCCCAAAGGUGGAUGAGGGUAUGUAGUGGACUAGCGGUACGCCGCACCCCCCCCCGUUUUUCUCGAAUGGGGCUUGCCCACCGGCCCGGCUCUCUUUUCAUGGUUAGCUUUGGCGGACUCCAUGCGAUGACUCUUCACCAUGGCACUAGCGCCUCAGAAUUUUCUCUCCUUUCUCCUCCAAGGUCUCUGGACGAGCUAAAUCACUCACUAAAUGAGGAUUUAGCGGGAAUUACACCAUUCUGGUCCUCGACGGAAGUCAGAUCGGUCCGUGGGUACACCACUUGCAGUCUUUGGUUGACGCCGUACCUGCCGUCCGCUCAGGUUGAUGCUAUCCACUUUUUACCGCCAUUCCUACACAAAUCCAUAUAUUCCAUGACUAACGGUGGCCCGAUCGUCUCGGAUAUCGUCGCUCAACUUAUUUGCUCUAUUUGCCUAGACCGACUGAGAAUUGCCACGACGGCUCUUAAACCCCGCGGGGACUGGUCGUUUGAACAUGAUUGCGUCGCAAAGUCUAUGCUCGGCGGUAUAUCCAUGGCUGUUUUCGACAAUAAUUUUCUAGUUCAUAGCCACUACCCGCGGCAUGAUGCGCAGCAAUUGCCAUGUGAACCGACUCUAGCAGUGAGUGUGUCCGCGGGUUUUCAGCCCUACAAUACCGGCUAUCAGCACCCGAGAACUUAG